UUUUAAUUUUCGCUAAUGUUUCAUAAAUUCCCUGAUUAUUAUGAAUCGCUUCCGUCAUUGCUUGGUUCUUUUUCAGCUUCUUUGCUUGGCUCAUCCCCUUCAAUAAUCUUUUUCCUCUUUGGCUUUUUCAAGGCCAAAGUAUUAAGGUCUUGAUGUUGAAUGUAUGCUUUUCCAACAGUCUGACCAAGCUCAUUAUGAGAAAUAUUCCUCUUCUUCUGAAUGAUCUUUGCCUUGGAUUUCUUAACUUUAGUAGCUGCUUUCCAUGCUUCAUGAUCUGCAUGCUUUACCCUCCUAAUUGACAUCUCAAUCUUUGGGCCAAUUUCGGUCAAUUCAAUAUUACUAUCUCCUGCCAAUCCUUCAUUAAUAGUCCCUGCUUCAAAAUGCUGUAACAUGAUAGGAGUAUUGUUUUCUUGUGCUGUGAAGCAGAUAAUCCUCUGGGAAGCAAGAAUAUUGGUGCUCUUCAGAUGCUUGAUUCUAAAGAAAUCUAUCAUCAUAUUCUUGAACUUUAUAUGGUUCUCAGAAAGAUCAAAUGGAUCUCCUUGGAACAAUAAAAUUGGCUGUUGUCCAAUCUCUAUUGAGAUCUUAUUUUUGAACUCUACCAUUGUCUUUCAGCUUUCGACUCCUACCUCAAGCAUGUCGAGUAGUUGAUGGUUAUACAUUCUGGAAAUAAUCAUGUUGUUUUGCCUCUUCUUAUUGUGGCUUCCAAAAAGAACAAAACCUCAGUCAUAUUUAUCAGCAACAUGCUCUAAAUAGCUGGCAUCUUCAAAGGGCUGAAUGUUAUUCUUCUUCUGUAAGAGACAUUUACUAAUAAAGAGAUCUCUCAUCUUAUGAAGCUCAAGCAUGGCUGUCUUUGUCACUUGAGAGACAUUAUUUCCUCUAAUAAAUAAGCUGUGUUUAGGAUCGUUUUGGAGAAUAUAUUCCUUUUUCUCAAGCAAACGCUUUACUUUAUGAGAUUUUGGCUUAGCUUUGCUCUCAACUUGCAUAGCUUUUGCUUUCUCUUUGAAGUAGUCCAAUCUCUCUGCUGGAUUCCUCAUAACUGGCUUUUUCCUUGCAAGUCUAACAGCGCGUUUCUUUCC